CCUGUAAAUGUUUGUCAUUCCUAAACAUGGAUAUCUUGAACCAAUUCCCCGAGUACAGACACGCUGUGAGAAUAUGGAAAACAAUACCACCGAUAUUCCUCGUGCUAGGAACUCUGGGAAAUUUGUUGACUAUUGUGGUUUUAAUGAGAAGCAAAAGCCGACUGUCCUCUACAGCACUUUACCUUUCUGCCCUGGCUGUGUCAGAUUUACUAGUACUUUGGUUAGGACUUUUGCGUCAGUGGAUAAUAUACAUGUUUGAUAUUGACGUGCGCCACCUGUCAGAAGCCGGAUGUAAGAUUCACAUUUUUCUGGUCUAUUUCGCGACGCAAUGUUCAUCGUGGCUCCUCGUUGCUGUGACGUCAGAGAGGUUCAUUGGUGUCUGGUUGCCUCAUAAAGUAAAACAAGGAUGCACUCCACGUAUUGCUAUAGUAACGAUUUCAGUAAUUGUUGGCAGUUUGAUGUUACUUAACGCACACUGGUUUUAUGGGAUGGGCGUGAAGGUUAUUGUCUAUAACAAUGUGACAUAUGAGUUUAAAUGCAACUCUAUAUAUGAUCAUUAUUAUGACUUCCUUGGCUUCAAAUGGCCUUGGAUUGACCUUUGUUUCUUCAGUCUGGGACCUUUUACAAUCUUACUGUUUGGAAACGUUUCAAUCAUUGUACGUGUGCUCAUCAGCAAACAUAAAACACGUACACAAAUAGCACCUUCUAACGUAGGGGCGGCAAAUAAGAAAUCGGACAGGACAUCUCAGCUUACAGCCAUGUUGGUUGUAUUGAACGUCGUUUUUAUUAUUUGUACAAUACCAAUUUCUAUUUACUUAAUCGGCGAACCUAACUGGCUAAAGAAGUUGGAAACCUACCACGACUUGGCCGUCUUGAGAUUGUGGUGGUCAGUCGUGAAUACAUUUAUGUAUCUGAACAAUACUAUUAACUUUAUACUGUAUUUUCUCAGCGGAUCACGCUUUAGACAAGAAGUUAAAUCCUUAUUGUGUGGCGGGCGUGCGCGUUCCAUUUUCGGUGCCGUUACCACGACAAGGAUCGGACCCGGUUCGGCUGCGAUAAGGUCGAAGCAGAACACUGUGAACACAGUUCAUACUGAAUGCGAUCCAUCCUCAAACAUAUCAGUUGUCCCAAUGGCACAACAACCGUCCGCAGUUCACAAUCCACAACGAAUAGUGACAUUGGAGAGCAAUGCAUAA